UUAGACACUGCCGUCAGAGAGAUAGAUAGAUGGGAACAACAAUUUGAUUCUGAAGAUUCUGAGAAUUCAUCUGAAUAGAACGAUGUCUGAAUAUAAUUUUGUAAAGGGAGGAAAGCUGAAGCUUAAAGGCACCACUAGUGAUCGUAAAAGCAAAAAACACAAGAAAAAGCGGAAGAGGGAAGAAGAGAAAGAUGAAAGACUUCCAGAUGCUGAAAGUCAUGGAGGCUGGUGGGCCAUCAGGAACUUUGAUGAGAUUACCGGUGAUGUUGUCAUCGAGAUGGCACCAAAUUCUUUCAUCUUUGCGCAGGAUACCGGCAUGUUUACCCUUGGGGCACCUCACACAAACUCUCAAGAGGGCCCAGCACCCCCAGAGCAGUUGACUGCCAUCCGACUGUCAGACACAAAGAUUGCUCUGAAAACAGGCUUUGAUAAAUACAUUUCUGUGGAUUACGAGAAGAGGGUGAUUGGUCGCUCUGAUGCCAUUGGGCCAAGGGAGCAAUGGGAACCGGUCUUCGAAGAUGGUAAAUUGGCUUUGAUGGGCUGCAACUCUUGUUUUAUGUCUUGUAAUGAGCAGGAUGACAUCGUGGCUUCAAGUAGCACAGCUGGACCAGCUGAGAUGAUGAAGAUCCGAUCAUGUGCUCCUCUAAUCAAGAAGAAGAAAGAUACUACACCAGCAGAAGAUAAAGGAGACAUCUCAACAUGUGAAGUUAGCUAUGUGAAAAAGUUCCAGAGUUUUCAGGAUCACAGACUGCGGGUGAAUGAGACUGAACGAGGCGGCCUGACCAAGGCAAGGACAACCGGUAAACUACAUGAAGCAUUACUUGAUAGGAGGGAGAAAAUGAAAGCUGACAGAUACUGUAAAUAACCCAUAGCAAAACACAUGACUGCAAUCAUCCGCACAAGCUUUUUAUUCUCAUGUU